AUGGCUUGUAGUUUCGAAUCAUCCAUUCAGAGGGGAUGUGACUUAAUACACGACUUUUCCUGCUCUCCGUGUGAAGACAACGGAUUUAACACAGAAGCCCACCAUCAUUGUACACAAUGUAAAACAUAUUACUGCAAGAACUGCAUUUCAAAACAUAACGGAUUAUAUCAGAAGCACGCGGUACUCGGCCGAAAGGACGUGAAGAAAUGGGAGACAGCCCUAGGGGUGAUGGACGUCCUAGAGAGAUGCGGGAUGCACCCCGGGGAGGCGCUGAAGCUGGUAUGUGGUGACCAUGACCAUCUGUGCUGUACUGUAUGCGUUGCCAUUGACCACAGACAAUGCUCCAAAAUCCAUCACAUUCCAGAUGUAGCAAAAGGUAUUCAGAGAAAUAUUGAGUUUCAACAAAUUCCAAUGAAGAUCGCUGAACUUCAAAACCAAUUCGAGCUGAUGAAAGAAGCACGAUUAAAGAAUACGACAUCUCUGAAAAAGACGCGGGCAGCCAUUUCUGAUGAAAUUAAAACCAUACGUAAAAAGAUCAACGAGAUCGUUGACAAUAUUGAGAAGACAACUUUACAGGACUUGGACGGAAUGAUAGCUGAACUUGAAAUAAACCUAAAGAAAGAUAUCGAAACUUGUGAUAAAAUGACUAUCGAACUGCAAAACAUGAUUGCCGCUUUUCAAACCAAAGCAAAAUCAAGCGAUUCAAAAUCAUAUAUUACGUACAGAAAGAGCCAGGAUAUGAUUUCACAAUCAAACCAUCUUCUUCGUGACAUAUCAGCCAUUGAGUGUUACAAUGUAACAUUUCAAGCCAAUAACCUUAUAGAAGAACUUUUAUCUGCAGUAAAGACGUUUGGAGCGAUUGAAGAACAAACUGUAUUGACCAAACAGGGAAGAGAUCCCCUUUCCGAUCCAAACCACAUCUUCAGUGUUGCAGAGUACAAGGAGUACACCGUGAAGAUGAGUGAUGACGAAGAUCAAUGUGAUAUCAUAGGCAUAUGUGAAAUGCCUAGUGGAGAGUUUGUCAUAGCAGACUGGGCUAAUCGUAUAGUGAAGCUCCUGGACAAUGAGUACAGGGUGCUCGACCACUGUGAUGUCCCGGAGUACCCAUGGGACGUGUGCCACAUUGAUGGAAAUGAAGUGGCCGUUUGUAUUAACAGUAAACUUCUUUUCAUUAAUGCUACGAAAGGCAAACUCGUUACUACGAAGAAGUUAAGUUUCAGCCGUGAAUGCAUUGCCGCAGCUCAUCAUGGUGGCCAGCUUUACAUCUCCUCCGGUACCACCCUGUACGUCUACACGAUGUCGGGAAAGAAGGUAAAAAGGCUCUACAAAGACAAGUCUGGGGAAAGGAUGGUGGAGAAAUGUGCCAUCAGUAACGACGGGAAGACAAUUUACUUAACAAACUACGAUGAACAUCAACUGAUCACCCUGGACAACAACGGCAACAAGCUUUCCUCUCUCACUGACCCUGACAUAAAAUUACCUACCGGAGUACACGUGACACCAGCUGGACACGUAUUCGUCUGCUGCUCCAAUACAGUGCUGCAGGUUGACAAAGACGGGAAGAAGAAAUUGGCCACCCUGGCAAGGAAAGAACACAUGGAAGUACCGCUAGCUUUAUUUUUCAGCAGCAGCACUUCUUCUCUGAUUGUUGGUGGAUGGGAAGACACACUUCUUGUUAUCAAGUUAAUCAAUGUUUGAUUUGGAACUAUCGAACUGGGAUCUUUCUAAUUGUUGCAAAGUAUA